AUGACGAGCCUCUUCGGUGCUUCGGCUGCACAACCGCAGCAGACGGGAGGAGGACUGUUUGGCUCAUCGACGGCACAACCUCAGCAGACGGGCGGCUUGUUUGGAGCCUCGACACAGCAGCAACCAGCGCAAGGAGGUGGGCUGUUCGGCGGCGUCGCGACACAGCAGCAGGCAAAGCCAGGCGGGCUGUUUGGCAGUUCGACGACGCAGACGGGCACCGGUGGUUUGUUUGGCCAACCGCAACAACAGCAGCAGCAGCAGCAGCAACCCCAACAGCAGGCGGCCGGAGGUCUGUUUGCUCAGUCAAAACCUGCUGGCUCCUUAUUUUCUGGCCUUGGUCAACCCACCACACAACAACCACAGAGCAAUGCCUUCGGCCAGACACUAGGCGGGGCGUCUGCACUCGGCCCCGGCCUGACUAUGGGCCAGUCCACCUCUCAGCAGCAGACCGUACCGGGCGUGCGGAUAGACUUGAGCAAUCUCAAGGGCACAACUCGCUUCAACGACCUGCAAGAAGACCUGCAGAAACAGAUCGCCAACAUCGACCGCGUGAUUCAGGGAUGUAUCGCUCAGAAGAACGAGUUGGACGCCUUCAUGCCUGCACACGGCGAGCAGCUGGCGGCGAUUCCCACGGAUGUCAAGUUCGUCUCACGCAAAUAUGCCGGCGUCGAUAGUGCCCUGGGCGGCGAUGCUCAGGCUAUCAAGGGCCUGCGGGACUUGGUUAAGGUCGAUUUGGAGAACUCACAGCUGAGCUUCAAGGCUCUGGACAACCUAAGGCUCCCUGCCCAAUAUCACACUUCUGGACUGUGGUCAUCGCGGCAGCAAGGUAGCGCUGCCGGCGGAGGCGUCGACGCCAACGACAGCAACUCCGACCUGGUCACGUUCUUCUCCAAGACGGCAGACGAGAUGGACGAGCAGCUGAACAAGUUCCAGCGCAACCUCUCGGAGAUCGAGAUGCACCUGGGCGGUGUCCAGUCGAAUCUGGUCGAGCAGGUGCAGCGGCUGCAGGCGUCCAGGAGCGGCGCGGGAGCGAGCACGGACGACAAGAUUGCCGACCUGGCGGCUGUUCUACGUGAUUUUGAGGAGAGCAUACUGAAAGUGGCAGGCGUGGUGGGCGGCGCAAGAGAGGGGAUGACGGAACUCCAGCUCGGACAGUUUAGAAGCAACGGGACACACUGA